CCACAACAGGUUCAGGUGAUCGUUACAAAUGUACAUCUAUCAGUUAUGCAUUUUGUUUUCAAACCCAACCAGAAAACUCACCUAAUUUUCUCUUUUCCUGUGAUCCUGUUCAUCCCGUUGAGUUUUCCCUGCACCCGUUUAAAAGCCUGAAGUCAUCACGCCAUCAUCUUUCUUGCAUUGCCUCAUUGCAAAAGUGUCUUUACACUUAUAUAACAUCUUCAGACCUCAGACAUAUUGAACACACUGGACAGAAAUGCGUCAACAGCAGUGACAAGAAAUCAUUACUUCAUCUGCUUGAGUCUAAUCCUUAAAAACAAGUCACAUGUUCCACUGUUUGAUCAUGCGUUAUUCCUGGAAACACUUCAAUAUCUCCAGUUUACAUAAAUGCCCCCACUCAGCAGCUCAAUACAGGAAAACACGUCGGAACAAAGUGUUGAGGAAGUUGUGUGAGUCCACUUCCCAUGUUGUCAGAUCACAUCAUACAGUCAUUAGAUCAUUCUCAAACAUUCAGGCCGGCUGUAGACAUGGGGCGCCUGCUUUGGCUUUCUCUCCUGCUCACCCACCUGCGUGUAACAGAUUGCGCGAGUAAAAAAGGUGAAUGCAUACACCAGCCAAACCGGGAGAUCUGGAAGAAAAUAGGAGCGAGUGUUGACCUCCAGUGCACGGUACACUGUCGAGCCCAAAAAACGCAAUACGAGUGGUUCGUUUUCAAGGAAAACACACACCUCCGUCUCAGCCUCCCGAAUGACAAGUACAGCCUGAAAGGAGCUGCUCUACACAUAAAGUCACUUCAUGGCAACGACAGCGGGAUCUACCACUGUGCAGCGUUUUCAAGCGGAGGACCAGGAUGCUGUGAACACCAUGUUGGACCUGGGGAAACGCUGAUAGUGAGCGAUAAAUCUGCAACAAUGGUGAGAUACAUUCUUCUGUUGCUACUAUUUGCCCUCUUGGCACUCUACAGCUUGGCAGUACUGACACUUAUUAUAAAGAAGUAUGGCUGCGGCACAAAAGAAUGCAGAAAGACAGAAAAAUCCCAGAAGAAAAAAUCCAGCAAAAAGACACAGUUCCGUGAUGUGCUGCAAGAAAUGUACAGAAGAGGGAACCUGCAGAAAACCAAAGCAGCGGCGAGUGGGGACGAAUUUCAAGCUGAGGCAGCACCCAACGAGCUGGACGGCUCCGGGGAGGAAAUAUAUCAAAAUAUCUGAGAGUCAUCGAAGGAUAUUGAGCGUCAGAUUCAGGCUGCUGUCGUCCUGACGGAGGGGAAAUUUCCACGCCGUGAAACAUCCCACUGCGGACGUUGUGAUGCGUCUGUGGAGACGAGCUGGACUAGAAAGAAGGCGAGCCAGUCGAGUGUUUGCUCACCUUCUUUCAUCAAACAAGACAUUUACUGCUAGAAUCGCAGAGCUGAGUCACGUCCCUCCAUGUUCCAGAUCGUCAGUGGACCCAUGAGGAGGAGAUCCUGGAGACAUUUGUACUUUGAUAUGUUGUCUUGAUCACAGCUCCUGUAAUUUUCAUUUUCUUAAGCCUGAAAAUUCCUGAUGUUUCAUGUCAGGAUUUCUUAGGACUUCUUCCGACAGAGUAUGGAUUACAAGCUGUGCGAUGAAAGGAUAUGCGAAUUUCAUAAAGCAGAAAGCAGAAUUUUCCUUUUUUCCUCUGUUCUUAGCUUUUCUCAUAGAACAACUGUGCAUAAACCUGUUUAGAAACGACCUCCUGACCUGCUGGGCUGAUGAUAUCUGAGCAUUUAUACUUGUCACUUUGAUAUUUCCAACUUGUGUGGUUACCAACCAGGGAUGUGUAGACAGAAAACUGUGAUAAAAUAGUUUAAAUAACAGAAGAAAAAAAACUGCAUGACGUAAACACACUUUUAAUCAGAAAUGUUCAAAAAUUUACAGUAAAAACUUUCACAGUAUACCAAACACUGCAGAAAGAGCUUAUUUAUUAAAAACAGCUUGUAAUAAAAAGUAGUUUUUGUGCUUCCAU